AUGUCUGACGACGAGGGACACUUCGCACCUCAGGGUGGUGAACAGACCGGAUCCCUGACCUAUCCUAUGCAGGCCGGUGCUCUUAAGAAGGGAGGUUAUAUUUGUAUCAACGGACGUCCAUGCAAGGUAAUCGACCUUUCUGUGUCGAAAACAGGUAAACAUGGACAUGCUAAGGUCAGUAUUGUUGCCACUGAUAUUUUCACUGGCAAUAAGAUGGAAGAUCAGGCUCCCAGUACUCAUAAUGUUGAGGUUCCGUUCGUGAAGACUGCAACUUACAGCAUUCUGGAUAUUCAGGAGGACCGUGAAGACCCCAGCAAGCCAGCGCACCUUUCCCUUAUGGAUGAUGAAGGUGAGACUCGUGACAACCUUGACAUGCCCCCAAAUGCCGAAUUGGCGGCCCAAAUCAAGGAGCAGUUUGAAGCAGGCAAAGAUGUAUUGGUCAUUGUUGUUUCAGCUAUGGGCAUUGACCAAAUUCUCAGUUUCAAAAAUGCUGUUGAGCGAUAA